UAUUGUGUAGCUUUAUUUGUCGUCUCUUUUCCAUGGAAAACAGCAAGUUUCUUCAUGUAGUCAUGUUCCCAUGGCUGGCCAUGGGCCAUCUGAUACCGUUUCUAAGGCUGUCUAAAUGCUUAGCUCAAAAAGGGCACAAAAUUUCGUUCAUCUCCACUCCAAGAAACCUCCAAAGAAUCCCCAAGGUUCCCCACGAUUCAGCUUCUCUGAUUGAGAUAGUUAGCAUCCCCCUGCCAGAAGUUGACAACUUGCCAAAGCAGGGAGAGUCUUCAAUGGACGUACCCCACGAAAAAGAACAGUUCUUGAAGAUAGCCUUUGACUUGCUUCGAUCACCAAUAGCCACCUUUCUUGAAAACACAACGCCAAAACCAGAUUGGAUUCUUUAUGACUAUGCUUCUCAUUGGUUACCGGAAAUUGCGGCCAAAAAUGGUAUCGCAAGAGCCUAUUUUAGUCUCUUUACUGCAGCAACUUUGGCUUAUAUUGGACCUCCAUCGAUCUUGUUGAAUGAAGGAGAUGGUAGGUCAACAGCUGAGGCCUUCACAAGGGUGCCCAAAUGGAUACCGUUUCCAUUGAAUAUUGCUUAUCGUCUUCACGAAGUGGCUAAGCACAUAGAGGAUUCAUCUGGCAAUGAAUCUGGAACUUCAGAUGCCAUCAGAUUUGCUGCUGCUAUCGAGGGAAGUGACCUGGUAGUCUUUAGAACCUGUGUUGAAUUUGAGCCAGAAUGGUUUGAUCUUGUUUGUGAACUGUACAAGAAACCAGUUAUUUCAUUAGGGGGUUUGCCUCCAUCCCUGGAUGAAGAUGAUGAACUGGAAACUGAUGAAACAUGGCUUAGCAUUAAAGAUUGGUUAGAUAAACAAAGUGUAAGCAGAGUGGUUUAUGUAGCACUGGGAACUGAAGCAGCGUUAGGCCAAACAGAAGUCCAUGAACUGGCUCUUGGAUUAGAGCAAUCUGAAUUGCCAUUCUUCUGGGUGCUAAGGAAGUCACCAGGAUCAACAAAAGAUGUUUCACAGAUGCUCCCUGAAGGGUUCACAGAGAGAAUCAAUGCAAACGGCCGUGGAGUGAUUUACACGGAAUGGGUUCCUCAGGUGAAAAUAUUGAGUCAUCCAGCAAUUGGAGGGUACCUAACUCACUGCGGCUGGAAUUCAGUGAUAGAGGCACUUGGUUUCGGCCGAGUUCUGAUACUAUUUCCGGUGAUGAAUGAUCAAGGGCUGAAUGCUAGGCUAUUGGAAGGCAAGAAAGUUGGAGUGGAGAUACCAAGAGAGGCAGAAGAUGGCUCGUUCACAAGCACUGCAGUGGCUGAAACGCUGAGAUUGGCAGUGGUGAGUGAAGAUGGAGAGUCAAUGAGGGCUAAUGCCCUGAAAAUGAAAAAUUUGUUUGGCGAUGGGAAUGCUAAUCAAAGUUAUCUUGACAGUUUUGUUCGUUCGUUGGAAGAGAAAAAACACAUCUUGUUCCCUGGCCCAGCUGUUGAGAAAGGUACAUGAGUUGUUCAUGAUGAUCCAGAUAAAAUGAACUGCUUGAUGGAGUCCUCAAAAGUCUUCAGUUUGUCUUAACAUCAUGGUUCUUGGACAUUGUGUUGAAGGUAACAAUUUAGUGGAUCUUCAGUUUGCCUAUUGAAGGAGUGGUGAGGACUGAGGAGUUGUUUAGUCGAUGGAAAACUGCGUAGGAUUGUCAUUGGAGGCUUGUGUAAUGCACUGAAAAGUUCAUUUAGAUUAGCAAAAUAAACUCUUACCAGAAACAUGUUGCUAGAAAAAGCAGAAUCUGGAGCUAGCAGAGAAUAAGAUAAAAGAUUUUAAGAAAGAACUUAUUACAGAAUUGACAGGGUUGUGUUGUUGUUGAGAUCCA